AUGAGUCUACCUAAUCGUUCCGAUCAAUCUAGCGCGUCCAAUCUACCUAAUCGUUCCGGUCAAUCUAGCGCGUCCGAAGACAAUGCACCAAUACUCCAAGACUUGUACAAGUUGAGUAUUCAGGAAUGCGAAAAGGCGGAAAAGGCGGGAAAGGUGGAAGACGAAAGGAACGCCGCGAUAAAUCAAGACCCCAAAGAUCCCGCACCCCAAAUGGGUAUCAUGGUCAAUGAGGAUGGUGAAAUAGUUGAAGGCCCCUUUCCAUUGGUUCAAAUUAGACUUUUGCCAGAUGUAAAGAACAAUCACGGCGAACAUGCCGGGAAUAUGGAGACGGAUGACGCAGAGCCCAACCAAGAGGACGUCACCAAUUCCAAUGAGCCCCUCACCGAGAUCGAGUUGGAUCGGGUCGUUGCUACCCUCUUCAAAAACGGUUUUAUCAAAGGCUUGCCUGCGCAUCACCAAGCGCAGGUCCUCAAGAAGAUUACCGCACCGCCGGAGGCCGGUGAGCCUAGCCAGGAUGCUGCGACGGAGGCCGGUGAGCCUAGCCAGGAUGCUGCGACGGAGGCUGGUGAGCCUAGCCGGGAUGCUGCGACGGAGGCCGGUGAGCCUAGCCGGGAUGCUGCGACGGAGGCCGGUGAGCCUAGCCGGGAUGCUGCGACGGAGGCCGGUGAGCCUAGCCAGGAUGCCGCGACGGAGGCCGGUGAGCCUAGCCAGGAUGCUGCGACAGAGGCCGGUGAGCCUAGCCAGGAUGCUGCGACGGAGGCCGGUGAGCCUGAUGCUGCUAACAAAGGUUCCAAUGAGCCUCUCAACCCGGUCCAGCUUGAGUGGGCCAUUCGGACCCUUUUGACAACAGGCAUGGUCAGCGGAUUGACUCCGCGCCAUCAAGACCAAAUAUUCAACACCCUCGCUCAAAGACCCGGAUAUAGCGAGCCCAUUGAACUCCGGUACGUCGAAGGUCCUGACGGCAAUGGAGUCCCGGCCGAUGAGCGGACUCAAUACGUACACAAUCGAUUCCCACAAAUUCAGAUCACUUGGGUCUAUGAAUCCAACAGUGACUGA